AUUUUUCUUUUCGUUAAUUAGUGAAAUGAACUCCUUAGAACUGGAUAAUAACAAUGCUAAUAACAAUGUAUUAGUACUUAGACCAGCAACAAGGACACUCAUUUCCAGUUUAUUGAAUCCAAUAAAACUUUUGAGGAAUGAGAGAGGACUUCCUCGUGAUUGGCAAGGACUAGCUGAACUAUGUGGCGUUGCAGGAGAAUUAAUACCCAGUAUUUCAAAUGAGCAUAACCCAACAGCUACAAUUUUAAAGACUUGGCAGGAGCAAAUUAAAUCAGAAGCCACUGUUGAUAAAUUGAUAACUUACUUAGAACAAAUUGAUAGAUCUGAUGUUGUGGAUGAUAUAUUACCAUUAAUAGCUGAAGAUCUGAAAUAUCACAAAGAGCACCUGCCAAAUGGAAAAACUGUAAAACCUUUUGACUUUGAAUCAGACAAAAGUGUUCUCACCAGAGACGAUGUUAACAGGAUAAAUGAGGGUUUAGACCCUCAAUUAUAUGAUGCUUUCGUUUUAUUUGAUGAAGAUGACAUUGAUUUUGCAACAGAACUUAUUGAUAACAUGGAAAAAAAUUACGAUUUGAAAUUUUGUGUUAAAGAACGUGACCUGGUAGCUGGCGGAUCAGAACAUGAUGCUAUUAUAAGAUUAAUCGCAGAAAGAUGCGGAAGAUUAAUUGUUAUAUUAUCUCAAGCUUUUUUGCAAAGUAAUGCCAAUAAGUUUUUUUAUAGUUUGGCACAAUCCAUUUCAAUAGAUCAGAGAGCCAGAAAAAUAAUUCCUUGUCUGUACAAAGACUGUGGCAGGUUGCCUCCAGAGCUGGAUUGUUAUUUUAAGUUGGAUAUUAGAAAAUCGGGGACCUUUUGGAAUUUUUGGGACAAAUUGAGAGAUUCUAUCAAGGUGCCUGAAAAACUACCAAGACCUAAGUUGAGUUUGCCCAAUAAUGAUCUCUUUCGAGGUAUAGAAGCAUCAGAAAAACGAAACUCUGUAAGUAGAUCUGUUUCAAAUACGGAUCAGCAACCCAAUCUAAAGUCGACAUUGCACAAAGAUUCUAUCAGCCCUCGCAGUAUUUCUCAAUCAGUGAAAUUUAAUAGCAUGAACGAUUUGCAAAAUGCCAAAAUGUCUGUAGAUAAUAUUGUGCCUUCUACGAGUGCUAAUAAUUUAGAAAAAUGUGAAGACAAAGCUGUGAGAAAAAGAUUUUCGUUUUUUAAGAAAUUUAAAAAUUUUGUUCCAACAUCAAAGUCGGACAAAAAUCGGUUACCCACUGAACAGCAAUUGCAAAUUGAUAUCGCUGCAGGAAUAAAAAAUGACAAUAAUUUUGAUGAAAAUGUUAGUGAUCAGACGCCAAAUAAUAAAAAAGGCAAUAAGUGUGAAGAGAAAAGAGAAAAGAAGAAAAAAUUCACAUUGAAACUAAACAAAAAAAAGGCUGUGCUGGAAGAAACAUGAAAAGGUAAUCAAUUCUUCUGUUUCUAUGAGUAGAGUCGGUAGAGAAAUAAUAUUUAUCCUUAUAUCGAAUCAAAUAAUAGGUAUGCCUUUCAUGAAUGUGAUAUUUUUCAUUACAUAGAAUUAGUUUUUGCCUCUUUGCAAAUGGAAAAUUAUAUAAAACUCUACUUUAUGUAAAAAAAAAUUGCAUGUUAAUUUAAUUAAGUAAGUUAUUUUGUAUUUUUUAGGACUUUUAAAAGUAGACAUAUUGUUAAUCCUUUCGCUCACACUUUUCAGGGAUACACUCUAUAGUAUCUGAUUCUGUAAUGACACUUAGAUAAGUUUUAGAUUUGUCUCUGUUAGGAGGGAUGCUGUGGAUCUCUGGAUUCAAAAAAAAAUCGCUAAAAUUUAGAGUACCUAUUUAAGUAGAGCAUAUGUAAUAAGAAAGUAUAAUUCACAACAAAAUAGGCAAAGAAACAAAUGUGAUGUAACAUUUUUCUAAGAAAUCAUGGAAAUUAGCGCUCUGUAAACUUCAACUCAAAACUAUUUUUUUUUCAGAAACUUUGCAUCAGAUUAAAAAAUAAAUGCUGUUUGAAAGACAAUAUGAUAAUACCUUAUUUUUUUGUUUCUAAAAAAAUAUAGUUAAAGUUUAUAGUGGGCCGAUUUUUAUGCAGGAAAGUAGCUGAUCUUCAGGGUAGGUUUCGUUAGAAAAUACAAAACGUUACUAUCAUACAGAGGCAAACCUUGAAAGCAGAAAUUGCCAGCUUCAAAAAAUUAUCAUCUAAUUAAAACUAAAGGGAUUAUCAGUUAUUUCAAAAAUUGUCAAUUAUUUUCAAAAAUCGCAGCAACAUGAGUCUGCAAAGUUUUUCUAAUGCAUUUGAGAAAACAAUUGAUGAACUAACUAUUUAGUACAGCCUUUUUGGUUAAAAAAACUACCAAAACUAGCAAACUUUUUAGGGUUGGCAAAUGCUCAGAAUUAGAUGUUGAAGAUAAUAAUUUCUAUAGAUAUAUAGAAGAUAUAGAUAUAUAGGAGUAGAAAAGUAUAUACACAUAAAUUCCGCACCUGUGAGCUAAUUUCUCAGGAAAAUUAUUUUAAAUGUCUAAAGAAACUUUGAAGAUGCUCCUAAAUUUAGGUGAAACUUGAAUACAUUAAAUUUAAGCAGAUAGAGAGUUUGACCAGAGAAUUCCAAUGAAUUCUUUUUCCGUUAAUGUGGUGAUAUAGUGCUAUUUCGUAUACCGUGAUGUAUGCCUCGAAAACUUUAAUUCACUACGAUAUUGUAGGUAAGGUGACAAUAAGAAAAUCUAUUAGAUGUAUCUAUUUACAGAAUGGGUCAGUAAGAACGAAACUUAACCGCGUCCAAAAUUAAUUUUUUUAAUGUUUUUUAAUUUUGUGGACAAAUCUUUGCAAGGUUAAAUUAUUCUUAUUUAUUAAUAAUAAUAAUAAUAAUAAUAAUAAUAAUAAUAAUAAUAAUAAUAAUUAUGAUAAUAAUAAUAAUAACACACUCGCAAUUCAGGACCAGAUCAUAAACACACUCAACCAUGAAAAAUAUAUUAUAAUAAAGGACUCAACAAUACACAACGAUAAAUACCGAAAGUGUAAACUGGCACCUAAGACAAUACACCACACAACAAAUGGCUGCUCUGUCAUUGCUGGUGCUUUGUACUCAAAUAGACAUGACACAGCUGCAAAAAUUCUGCACCAAGCUAUAGGACAGAAAUUAGGCCUCACCGAUAAUAAGGAUCCAUACCAAGAAUCGUAAACUCUACAGGAUUGCUCAAUCCCAUAAGACAUACGUUCAUAAAAAUAUCGAACAUGGAGGAAUGCUAGUGACGUCACCCGGCCUUGAUCGGUUUGUUUUUUAUCAUGACAGUGCAUUUUCCUUGCAUUUUCAAUGAUGAAAAAUUGUUAUUUUGAGGUUAUUUCCUUUGGAAACUGUGUUUUUUAAAUUUAGCAGACUUCAAAAUUCAGAAGUUUGUGUGCUUGAGUGGUUUUCUAAUUACGAAGACGAGUUUCUUUGUUCUCUGCUUAUCAGCAGGGUAAUUUCAAAAUACUCACAUAAUUAUUAUAUUAGAAUGUGCAUUUCUUUUACCUUUUUUUAGUGCAACAAGAAGGUACAUUUAUAACAUAAACCCAAUUUGCGCGACGAAUGUAGUUGAUCCAAGGGCGACCAUAGUUCGUCUGUGACGUCAUGAGUUUGGACGAUGGCUAGAAGCUGCGUCCAUGCCUCCGUCGAACUACAUUCAAUAUGACGUCAUCAGUUUCUCGCGAAAACUUUUGGGUUCAUGAAAUCAUGGAAGUAGUUCGUCACGAAAAUUCGGUUAAAGAUACCUAUGCCUGGAAUGAGAUGUUGUGUGUAUGGGGGUAAUAAUCAUUUUGAUCAGAAAGCAAGCACUCAAAAAUGUAAAUUUCAUCGCUUUCCUAAAGGAAAAUAUCUUGUAUGUAAAACACUAUUUAAAACGAGUGGAUAGUUUUUUGUAAAAGAAAGGACAAACUCAAUGCAGAUACUUUUUUUGCAUUUUAUUAUCAAAAUAUACGCGAAACGUGGUUGCAAUAGUGUGUUUUAUUUUUCACUGUCUACCUACUUCUCAAUUAUUAUUGAAUUGUUUAACAAGUACUAGAACGAAUAUGGGCAUUCAAAGUAAAGCUUAUCUCACGCAAAGCCAAAUAGUGAUACCUAAUUUAGAUUUUCAUAAUCAUACUCCAGAAAAACACUGCAAGUUUCCCAUAUUUUCCAUGCGUUUACAUAGUAAACGCGUCAGUAAAGAAAUUCAUUUACAUAUUUAUUUAUUUAUUAACUCUUCACAAACACUAAUUUCUCAUUUCUAGUAAUUACAUGCAAAGGAAACUUACAACUGAGUAGUUAUUUGAUUUACAAAAAAAAAAAAAAAAACAAUACAAAUACUUGACUAGGAAAUCAGUAGGAAACUAUGUAGAAAGCAAUACACACGAAUAAAAGAAAGCUAUGUCCUGAUGCAACAAAUCCAUUAUUACAAAACCACUAAAACCAGAAAAUGUUUGGGGUUUCCGCGAUUAUUUUUAGCCAUGAGUCUUUUAUGAUUACACGCAUUAAAUGAAACUUUAUAUUACACUUAUAACACUUGAUAAACUUGGAAUUUACGAUAAAAUAAUUGUCAGCACAAACUCAACUAUCAUCUGUAUCGGCGGCCAUCUUGAAAGUCAGGAAUGCAGGUGACGUCACAGCACUUGUGAACAAAUUUAGCCGAUUGAGCAAUCCUGUAGAGUUUACGAUUCUUGUAUCCAUACUACAAGUAUAUUCCCCCUAAAAUUCUAGAAAGCGAAAACUAUAAGCUCUAUUGGGACACAACACUACUCACAGAUAAGACCAUGCACCACAACAGGCCAGACAUUACUCUUGUUAACAAAUAAGAGAAAACAACAUAUUUUCUUGAAGUGUCAAUACCAUCUGAUCAUAGCAUCAAAGAAAAGCAGAGUGAAAAGGAAGAAAAAUAUCAAAGUCUGGCAGCAGAGAUAACGACCCUCUGGAAACAGAAUAGAGUAAUAAUAUUGCCCUUCAUUAUUUCUGCUACAGGAAUAACACCACUCUCGUUCAUGCAAAACCUUAAGAAACUACAGCUAGAUUUGAGAAUUCACAAGAGUAAACAAAGGGCAGUGAUCCUCAAAACCUGUCAUAUAACAUGACUGUUUUCAAAUCAACACACAGACAAACAAUAAGAAGAUUUAUGCAAGACUUUGACCUAGCCCGUCACGCAUAAAAUGUUAUGAAAAAUCGCACCGGUCUAGCCGAGUAGAAGGGACGAAAUAUCAGGAUCUUCUCUUUGACCUUCGCCGAAUGUACCGGGGCUAUACCGUCAAGCUAGUGGUUUUGGUGAUUGGGGCUCUCGGACGUGCACGACAAACACUGCUCUAAGCUCUCAAAAACUUGCCAGUCUGUCGUGAUAAAAAGAACACCUUGCUGGCACGAUGCAGGAAGCAGUCAUCCUGAGAUCAUUGCACACGAUGCGGAACACCGUUUCUACUAACCUUGCGGUUGGUGGGGAGUAGAACGGUGGACGGAACACCAGGCCUACUUACAACCGUGUCAGUCGGAGCCGCGGGUCAGUCGGAGCCGUAAGUGAGGCCAACCCAAAAAAAAAAAUAUAUAAUAAUAAUAAUGAUAGUUUAUUUCAAUAAUAUCGAUUUCAAUUCAUCACAAGAUUUCAGGUACAUAUUUGCAAUAACAGUAACAGUAUCUAGAAGAAUUGAAGUUGAAACCCUGAAAAGAAAUAAACAAAGCAUACUGAAAAUUAUCAUUGCAUGUGGCCUAUGUGGGCAGAAGGUUAACCAAAUUAAAUUCACCAAGAGCCAUUAAUAUUGUUAGUGUACGUAUUUUACUUCAGAAAUUAUUCCCCCAUCAUUUCAGGAGUCAAAAUCGUCUUUGUAAAAGUUCUUUCUUCUGGUGUCCACACUAUCCACCAUAUCAAUCAUUCUAGUAAUUUCGUACACUUUUGUUGUUGUUGUUUUCACUAACAAGAGGUGCAGCGGCUUCCGGGUUCUUUUGGAGGUCAUUCGCGUAACUUCCAGUUGUUCACAGCCUUGCUGGAUCUGGAUAGUUGCAAAGGAGGGUAAGUUACCUCACUGACACUAGGCCUCGUCUUAGGGCGCUUUGUGUCACCUCCAUUUGCUAAGGCGCAUCCUCCUCCACGGGGGUCUCCCGCAGACAUCGCACCCGUCGGAUAAAUUGCAGGAGAGUUCCAGGUGAGGUGCGCAUCAACCUGGCCAUAUCAGGCCAGAUAUCCCCAGUAUGGCUUGCCGUUGUUGACAAAAGGUUGGGCAGUGACAAAGCACAUAGCUCAACCGUUUCGUCUGCAGCGUCGCACCAUCUCAACAAUACCCAAAGUGUAAAGGUGUUUAUUUAGUCUACAGUGUCCUGAGUAAAUUCCUACUAGUAGGCGGAGAUUUUCCCUCGACAACUGUACACUAUACUCGGCUCUUUUCCCGCUAGGGAGGUCGAUCAUUGAUCUGCCCUGUUUACAAUUAUUUAAACUGCGCCUCACUUUGUCCAUGCCUCCAAUGUCUUUGAAACUGAAUCGCGGUUCCUGAUGGUAGGACUUGUCUUCUAUGUUUUUUUUUUUUUUUGUUUUUUGGUUUCGAAGUGAUUGACGAUAUGGUUGCCGUUUCGUAUUUGCGUUUUUUUGGUAUGGUAGGUAUACUGCGAGAAACUGAUCAAUACAACAGUUGUAUUGGCAUUUAUUUAGUAACCGUCAAAUAACGUUUUAUACGUUUAUACGUGUUAGUUUAUUAACGGUUAUUCCACUACUGCAUUACCUACCUACCACAAUAUAAACGUAAAGUUUUAUACAAAAAUUGUAUUGCUAAUUUACAUAACUUGCAUAACAAUUAUUUAACCCUCCAGUAAUGACACGAUAUUUUUAGCAUGAGUACCUACUAGCUUCAGUCUGAGGGACCAAAUCGAGAAUAUGCCAUAGCUAGAAUUUGGUAAUUUUUUCAUCGGAAUCGAUAUUUACCAUGAAUCACCGACGCAAUUACCGGAAAAAAGAUUUACAUAAAUAGACUCUGCAAUCUUGACAUUGAGAAACGAGUCUUGGCCUAUGUGGAAGAUACGGUAUUGAUUAUUUCUGGAAAUUCUUGGAUGAAGCCCUAAACCCUCUUAUUUUCGGCCUAGAAAAAGUUAUUUUGGACGAAUUUAAACUUUACGCUUAACUUCCACUGUAAAACGAAAUAAGUAUGUAGUUUUUUCUAUCACGUCUCUGUUUCUUAUCCGGAUUUUAACCAAAUAACAAUCAACUAUUUUACUGAACAAAUAAAAUAAAUAUAAGUGGAACUAAAUAUUUAGGCAUCAUGAUUGAUAAAAAUCUGAAAUGAGAUUAUACAGGGUGUCCCACUAAGGUCGGCCAGGUACGAUAUUAUGGAAACCAUAGACCUUACGUAACUUGAAAACGAAUGCAGAUAUUGAAUUGCGGUUUGCGCCAAAAUGUAGAUAUUUUUUUGCUCUUUAAGUACAGCAAUAAAAAAAUAAUAUCAUGCCAUUUAAAUUUUUCAUGAAAAUUAGAAAAAACUGGAUCUUGGAUAAACAGCGCCCUCUAGAAGACGUGGUGGGAACUAUCAACCCCGAACGAGGUGGUGUUCUUAAUAACAAUGAAAUUCUCUUCCAAAUAAGCCCAAAUUGAACGGGUUUGGAUGAGGGGUAUGGAAGAUACAGCAAUUUUUAAAACUAUUUUUUCACCAGCUUCCUCCACUCUUAUUAGUGAAGAUACGAAAAAAGCCUAGAAACCAAACUGGCGCCAAAAUGAAUGAACUUUUGAUUUCUGUUGUUAAAAUAGUAUCUUAAUAUAGCGAUUUCUUAAGAAAAUUUGAAUUUUUAAGUAUAUCAUCGUAAUUGCGCCCCCUAGCGGUCAUUUUACAAACUUGAAAAUAAUUUCCAUCAAUUUCUUUUGGCCGAUUUAGUGAAGAAAAAAAAAUCCCAAAGCCGUAAGGUCUAUGGUUUCCAUAAUAUCGUACCUGGCCGGGCUCAGUGGGACACCCUGUAUAGUCCAAUAAACGGGGAUCUGAAAAGAGGGUUUACCUCAACAUAAUUAGAAGUUAACAUUUUCUGGGGGGGAUCGGUUCAUUUUCAUGUGCUUAAUUACAUAUUAAGUUUGCGACCUUGUACUUCCAUAGGGUUUUCAGUUAGGGGUGGUUUUAAGGGGUAAUUUGCGGUUUAUGGAGAACGCUGCUCAAAGGGAUGGUCCAAUAGCAAAAAGUUUCAAAUGAAUGUUGUAGCUGAAGUUUUUUGCUAUAAAAAACUCAGCGACAGCACCCUUCUAUCUUCUAUAGUUUUUUUUCUGCAGCGUCUUGAAUACUAGCAUGUUUUUAUUCAAGCUCACUGAAUCAACGUUGCACCUGUUUGCGCGAAUUUGAUGCAGCAGCGGCCAAAUGCAUAAUCCGAUUUCAAUUUUUCAAACACCACAUUAUUGCUAAUGAAAUGCACUCUCCAAUGCUUUUUUGUUCGAAUUUUUUGCUUGAAAAUUAUGCGAGCACGGCCUUGCCUAAUGUGCGAGGAAGUUCUAAAUUGCAUCGAAAACUACCCCUUUCUUGCAUUCACUGUAAUUUAUAAACGGGGCCAAAUAUUUGGUGACAGUUUUCGACAAUCGGCAGCCCAUUUAUUCCUCUCAUAUUGCCCCAGCCGUUUUUUUUUUCGUUAAUUACUCAAUGACUUAUUGGCCUGAACACGUCGCGCGGAAUUUUUCAAAAAGUCAAAAAAAAUUAAGAUUUUCGCACAGCGCUGAAAUUUGGUACGAUGGCUUUAUUUAUUGUUCUCAUGAAUAUACUGCAAUUCUAAUUGUUGCAGCAGUCAUGUAAACUAAUUAAAAUUGCAGUAUAUUCAUCAAAACAAUAAAUAAAGCCAUCGUACCAAAUUUCAGCGCUGUGCGACACUUUUAAUUUUCUUUUGACUUUUUGAAAAAUUCCGCGCGACGUGUUCAGGCGAAUAAGUCAUUGAGUAAUUAACGAAAAAAAAAUCCGCUGGGGCAAUACGAGAGGAAUAAAUGGGCUGCCUAUUGUCGAAAACUGUCACCAAAUAUUUGGCCCCGUUUAGAAAUUACAGUGAAUGCAAGAAAGGGGUAGUUCUCGAUGCAAUUUACGCACAUUAGGCAAGUCCGUGCUCGCUUAAUUUUCAAGCAAAAAAUUCGAACAAAAAAGCAUUGGAGAGUGCAUUUCAUUAGCAAUAAUGUGGUGUUUGAAAAAUUGAAAUCGGAUUAUGAAUUUGGCCGCUGCUGCAUCAAAUGCGCGCAAACAGGUGCAACGUUGAUUCAGCGACCUGGAAUAAAAACAUGCUAGUAUUCAAGACGCUGCAGAAAAAAAAACUAAAGAAGAUAGAAGGGUGCUGUCGCUGAGUUUUUUAUAGCAAAAAACUUCAGCGACAACAUUUAUUUGGAACUUUUUGCUAUUGGACCAUCCCUUUGAGCAACGUUCUCCAUAAACCGCAAAUUACCCCUAAAAACCACCCCUAACUAAAAACCCUAUGGAAGUACAAGGUCGCAAACUUAAUAUGUUAUUAAGCACAUGAAAAUGAACCGAUCUCCCCCAAAAAAUAUUAACUUCUAAUUAUGUUGAGGUAAACUUCCUCCAUUGCUUAGCCUAAUAUUCAAGUAGCCAGCUAUAGAGCCAUGAAUUUUGUGAGGUCAGAACUAUAUACUAUAUUCUAUAUAUGUAAUUUUCUUCAAAAGAACAAGAAGAGACAACUUCACUCAAGUAAAUAAUUUCCUAAAUAUAGCAAAGAGUAGAAGAAAAGCAAUUCAAAAAUCUGUUGUAUAUUUGGUUUCUGAACUAUUCGACUUGAUACCCAAAAGCGUAAAGUUUGACUUUUUCCAAAACUCAUUUUACUUUUUCUAGGCCAAAAAUAAAAGAGUUUUAAGCUUCAUCCAGGAAUUUACAGAAAUAAUCAAUACUCGUUGCUCGAUGUCAAGAUUGCAGAGUGUAUUCAUGUGAAUGUUUGCUCCGGUAAAUGCGUCGCUGAUGGUAAAUAUCGAUUCCGAUGGAAAAAUUACCAACUUCUAGUAGUGUGGAAAUCGUGCCUUUGAGUUAUAGUUCUGUGGACAAAUCACAAUCCCGAAUAAAGCCAACUUACAUGUUCGAUGCUACUUUGGUACCACAAGUACAAAAGUAUUCGGAAAAAAGCGUAAACCUAUGUGGACACCAAUCAGAUGACCGACGAGUUCCAAAACACGUACCGCGAAUACGCUAAAAGGGAACGCAGCGCCUUCAGGGCUUCAGUAAAAGAACCUACUCCAUUGUAUUGCAAAGCUACGGCAUGCAGGAAAAAGACUGUUUCUGAGGAAGAUUUCUCUAGCAACGACAGCUAAGACGCGAGCGACGGUAUGGACAACGUCGACCAAAACAUCUAUGAACAAUACCCGGGUGAAUCUCUAUCAGAGGCCGCAGCCAUCCAAAAUGAUUGAAAGCGAACUUAUCGAUAUUACGUAGCAAAGAUUUUGAUGAAGAAGCUGCUUAUAAUUACAGAACGAGUUAUGGAGCUGCUGCCGCUGUUACAACCUCAUCGAGGGGCGUUAUAAUGCAGACAAGUCCUAACAUCAGGAACCGCAAUUCCAGUUUUAAAGACAUUGGAGGCAUGGACAAAAUCUUAGAAGACGUUCGCAAGCUUCUUCUCUACAGCAACCACCCAGAACUAUACAACAAGUUGGGCAUUCCGCCUCUCAGAGAGUUCCUUUCGCCUCUUAGUUGUGGUAGAACCUCACUGACCAACGCCAUCGCAGGAGAAUUAGGGGUGCACCUAAUCAAAGAAGCAGCCCCUGAAUUAGUCGCCAGAGUAUCUAGGAAAAGUGAAGAACGGCUCAGGGACUUGUUUGAGAGAGCUUGCAACACUGCUCCCUGUGUGUUGUUUAUUGACGAAGUUGAUUCUAUCACCCCAAACAGGCAAAAUGCCCAAAAAGAAAUGGAAAGGAGAAUAGUGGCUAAAUUGUUGACUUGUCUUGACGAUUUAAGUGAAAAUGGAAGGCACGUGUUGAUGAUUGGAGCUACAAACAGACCAGAUGGUAUGGAUAGAUCCUGCUCUGAGACAUGCUGGGAGAUUUGACAGGGAAAUUUGCCUUGAGAUACCAGAUGUGAAGGCUAGGGAGGAAAUUUUGCGAGCAAAUUCCACUGUUUCAUCAGAUUUUGAUUAUGAUGGAAAAAAAUGCCAAAUUCACUUCUGGUUAUGUGGGUGCUGAUUUACUGUCAUUGGCUAGAGAAGCGGCGAACACUAUAAAAGAACAGCGCAAAUUAAAACCGGCAAUCCAAAUGCAUUUUAAAGAGACAAAAAUAAAAACGGCCUAGGACAGGUUGAUAAAAAAAUAUAUAAACCCGAAGCAAAAGAAGAAGAAAUAGUGGACGAUGACGUUGGAAAGCCAGAAGAUAUAAUCAAUAAAAUUAAUGAUGCGGCAGUGGUUGUAUUAGAUGAUGGAGAAAUAGAAAUAUCCAAAGCAGGAGAAGAAAAACUAGAAGAAACUGUAGUUGAAAAAGCUGCUGCUGGAACUGAAAAGCUAGCAAACGAUCUGAGCGAGCCAGUAAUAAUUAUCAAAUUUCAAUCACAGCCCACACAAGAACCCAUGCCAGUAGACAUCAAAUCAUUGACAACACUGGAAAAAUUCCAGUGUUGGCUCGACGACACUGUUCCAGUAAGCAACCACGAUUUACUAAAUCUUUGCAUCACAAUGGACGAUUUCCAAGAAGCUUUGAAAAAAGUACAACCAUCUGUCAAAAGAGAGGGCUUUGCCACAGUACCAGACACCACAGGGACGACGUCAGCUCGCUCAGAGGCAUCAAGGGAAGAUUCGCAGAUGGCCAUUUCAGCUCCAGUAUGACAUUCUGCGCAAUUUGAGACUGCUGUACCUGCUGGGGUACUUUUAUGCGGAAAACCUGGAUGUGGUAAAACUUUACUGUCAAAAACUAUUCGCAACUGGCAAAGAACUUUUAUAAGAAUUUGGAUAAGAGGAAAUAAUGACCAAUAGGCAAGGGUGCAUAGAAAAUUCACUUGAAAACAUUAUAUAUUUGCACAGUAAAGUUUGAUUCGCAAACAAAAUCCAACCAUCCACGGUGCUUAAAUAAAAUAAAGAUAAUUGAGAAUUGAUAUAGGUUACUUACUAUAUCAGUUCUUCGAAAAAAAAAAAAACAAUCAAAGAUUGCUUUGAUCACGAAAACGUACGUCGCAUUAUUGUUUCUUUAUUGGUCAGAAUUUUGACAUGACAUUUUGACAUUAAAGUUCAUUGACAAAAUUAAAGAAAAAUAUUGCUAAGACAUUACAUCUUUGAUUGGUUUUUAUUUUUGAAGACCCGAUAUCGAAGCUACACGGAGGAACGUUUUAUCCCAAGGAAAUAAAAAUUGAAGCAAUUUUGCUAUUACUGACUGCCAUUAGAAGAAUACUUGGUUAUUUAAAAAUAAUUCGCAAUAUUUAAAUGCACUUCUAACUAUACUGAUAGACAUAUCCUAAACAAUAAAUAUUCCUUGUACAGCAACCUUUAUGAAACAAUUUAAGGUGCUAUACUUGUUAUGUGCGAAUACUUUUUUGGGAACAUUUUAUAAUAUAUUAUUUUUGCUUUGUUAGUAUCUUAUAGAUGUUUAUAAAUGUGUUUUAUUAGUUUUUUGCUACUACACUCAUAGAACAUUAAAAAGAAAAUCUUAUAAAUCAAUUUUGUUCUAUAUUGUGGUCCCCAUUUCGCUUUUAUAGAAUACCUAUAACGGCUGUAAGAACCUUCCGACAGGCAAAUUAUACAACUUUUAUUCUUAUAAUAUUUGAUGUAUAAAUAUUCUUACGGCUUUUAUAAAACUAUGAAAUGCUACUUGGGUUGCUAAUGAUGAGGGAGCCACCAGCUCACAAUUCUUUGGAGUAUCAGAUCCUAAAAGUCGGACUGUACACUGUGUUUUUUCAUCUUUGGUAUCAUUUUGAUCACCUGUAUGUACAUUGUUUAUGUACAGGUGAUGUAAAUGAUAUCAAAGGCAAAAAACACCCGGUACAUGUAGGAAACUGAGACUUUACUAUUUAAUCAUUAUUGCAAUAACUAUGAUGUAAACUGAAAUGACUAUGGAACAUUAGUUGUUUUCCUUUCAAGAGUUUGGAACACUCGAGCUACUCGCUCCGGUUUUAGUCGCCCUCGAUUUGAAAGCAACAGAUGUGUGGUGCAACAAACACUUUUUGAAAGGAAUAAGCGCGUGACGUCCCGGAGCUAUUCCGGAGCUCCUCCUAGGUGUGAAAGGAAUACAACUAUUAUUGCAAUUUCAUUGACUUUAAAGUGAAAUGACUAUUAAAUAUUUUUGCUAAGAGUUUAAUUAAAGGAAUAUAAAGAAGAUGACUAUUGACUAAUAUUGAUAUGAAUUUCUGAAAAGCUUUAAAGUGAAAUUGAUUCUUGUAUAUUUUCGGCUCUGACUAACUAACUAAUUAAAAUGUGUAAUUAUGACCAUUGAAUAUUAUUGCUGCUUCUAAUUUAUUACACGAAUUGAGUGAAAGUCUUUUAUAAAUUAGGAAACAAAAAUUGAAUAAGAGUUUGUAAAGUCAGGAUAAUUAGGAUUAGUUAUAUUAGGAAAAAUAUAUUGAUUUACUCUGGGGUUAACGAAUAGAAAAUUAUAGCUUUGUUCCAACAUAGCAGAAAACCGUAAAAUGUACCGUCAGGAUUCUGUGCAAAGCCAAAAAUUUGUGCGUCGAACCAGAAAUUCGUAUAUAGAGUGGUUUCGAAACCAUUCAUGGGACGGUUUUUGACGUGUUGGAACAAAUCUAUGGUUGUAGAGUUCUGAAAAUCGAAAUUUUAGAAUGUAUUUAAAAAUCUUAUAAUAAUGUUGUGUAAUAAACGUUUAAUUAUGAAAACCCUA